UGGCUAAUAAGUAAGAGGGUAACAGCUAAACUCAGAGCCACUGUGGUAGGGAUCAAUAUUAACUGGAUUUGCCUUCCCCACUUGUCUGGUUGCUGGCUAGCUUGGUCGGUCGACUGGCCAGCUCUACACCUUAAGGAGACUUUACGAGAUGACUCUCAGGGUGGGGCACAUCAGUUCCUGACAACAGAGGAGGCACCCCACAUGGUGGUGACCUGGUCAGCUGUUCCUUCAGCCCUGGCUGAAACCAAGAAGUGAAACAAAGGACAGGAGCUAUUACCAUGGAAACCGAGGCGGAAGUGGUUGCAGGGCCCAGUGGGGAGCAGAUGGAGGAAGGGCUAGAUGGCAAAAAUGAGAAAAAGAGAAAGUUUAAGCCCUUUGAAGCAAUGAGAAAGUUUUUCCGAGCUUCCAGGAAACGCUCCAAGUUGAAGGAAGAGGAGAGUGCGAGCAUAGUAUGUGUGAAGGCCAAAUCUACAAGCGCCUUAAUGUCCCAGCAGAUUGAGGAGGAAGAAGAUGAUGGAGGGUUUAAGACGCACAAUACUCUGUCUCAAGCAAGGAGCAUCUCAGAAGACAGUAUUUUCAAACCAGAUCCAAAGGAUUCCAAAAAAGCUAACAUCGAAACUUUCACAAAAGGUGCUAAAUCGGUGGAAAAUAUCAACCAGAAUUUCAAAUCUGAGCUUGCCACUAAACUCAAGAAGAGACAGUCUUUCCAUUCUGAUGAUGAUGGUCUUCCAAAGAGCCCUGUGUCCUCCUUCACCACUGCUGAUGUUAUUAUGGGUGGCCUUAAGGGCACCCCGGGAAAGUCUGCCAGUCGGGACAGUGACAAAAGUCUACUGAGUGUUGGCAGCUCCGACAACGAAGAGGAGGACCUGUUCCAGACCAACUGGAAGGCGUCGGUGGCAUCUGUUGUGACCAGGAGAUCAAAGGGGGCACCGUCCACAGAUACUGGGAUGGAGCUGGACUUGAGUGCCGUCCAACCAACCACAGCACUGAAAAGUGAUGCUGCCAAGCACCGCAUCUCAGUGGCACCCAAGGCGAGGAGAGGGGCACGACAAGGGAAGAAAAUACAGCUGCAGAAAAAACCAAAUUCCUCUGCCUUACCAAAGCUACCAGAGGAGUCUCCUUCAAAACUCGCCAAAGAAGAUGUAAUCCAGAAAGAGUUGUCUUCCCAUGGCACUAAAGAUGUUGCAGUUAAGCCAGUGUCAAAGAAAGCUGGCAGUCAGGAGAAAAUUUCUGUGGACAAGCCUGUUGAAACCCCAGCCGUUUCUCCUGAACCAUCUGCUAUCAGUGGCAAACCUCUUCUCAAACAGAAGUUGUCAGGGGAGAAAACUGAGGAGAUUGUCUCCAAGAGUACAGCCCCUUGUGCCUCGGCACCAUCUUCCACAAAGUCUACUGCUACAGAGGAUAUCAAGACGAUUGAUAAAGCUGACGAGAAGGAAAAGACAUCAUCUUCGGGGGUGACAGAGCUGUCACAGGCUUUUAAUAGACUAAGGAAGACAUCUGGGAAGAAAACAGAAGAUGCUUCUCAGGAUAGUGAUAAAGAAAACAUUAGCGAGGAAACUGUGCCUCAAAAGUCCUCUGACACAGACAAACGAAAACCAACUGGAAAACAGCCGUUGGCUAAAACUUCCGAAUUCAGAGGUUCUUUAAAAACUGUUGGUUUACCUGAAAAGGUUAACGAAAACACUGUGAGUAAGACUUCAGGUGACAACGAGGUUAGCAACUCUAAAGUUAGCGAGAAUGCUGACAGUCAAGGUGUCACGAAGCAAGCUCUGAGGCCUACUCUCUCUGCCCAGUCCGACUCCAGUGUGGAUGUGGGCAGUACGGGGGCUAAGAGAGAUUCCAUUAAGGAAGAAUCUGGUAGCAGGAUAACUGGGUCAAAGGACAGUGAUGUGCAAGAGGCAGAGACAUUGUCCUCUGUGAGGGCCUCUUUAAGACCUGGUUUAAAGACUUCCAUGAUCAAGGAGACCAAGGCUGAUGCUAAACCUUCUGGUGCCGGUGCCGGUGCCAAGACGUUUGAUAGUAAGGUAACCUUCAGCGGUGAAUUGAAAUCCACUGACAGUUCAGAUGUUUCUGUGUCUGUGUCGAAAGACAGUAAAGUGUCAGAAGGCGCAUCAACAGAUGGAAAGGGCAAUAAUGCUCAAGAAAAAGCUGAAGGCAGUACUGUGUCAGAUGCUAAAGUGGCCUUCAGCAGCAAGACAAACACUGAUGGCAACCUUGGUUUACAAAGACUUGCCUCACCCAAAGAAGAAUACAAACAGAAGCGCCAAGGUCGUAGUAAAACUCUCCCAGAACCACCUCUGGCUAAAGAGGUUGUAAAAAGCAGUGUUCAGCCUGCCAGAAAUGAUUACGAUAAUGUCACUAUAAACGUUAACAAGCCUCAGCUGGAGGAGAACACGGCCAACCCCGAGGGUGAUAAAGCACAGCCUGUUGAUGAGGAACCUGUGACUAAGAAGGACGGUGAGAAGGUCAGUUCAUCUCCGCCAUCCUCACCUGCGCGGCAGGGAGUGACGGUCAUUACCACAGCGGCUAAGCGACCAGAGCCCAAACGGCUCUCACUAAAGGGUGGCCUGGUGUCAGACUCUUCUGAACCCAUUUGGGUUGUCAUGGCCAGGAAGAAAAAGGCCCAGGAAGAUUCUAAGGAAGAUAAGGAGAGUUCAGACUCUAGUAAAGGCGAUGAAAGCUCAGAUUCAUCAAAGACUGUGCAGACAUCAGACACAACUCCUGGAAAGUCUGCCACGCAGAGCUCACCUGCUAAGAGUUCGUUCCCCUCCUCACCCUCCAAGACACCUUUCAAGGAAACGAAAAUCAACACAAAAAUCGCCCCUCCUCCCGAAAUGAAAUCGGCCUCAAAACCAAUACUGAUAGAAAACAAGCCUCCAGGUAAAGUUGAGGUAGAGGAGAAAUCAUCCUCCACCCCUGCGCCUACGGACAGCCGCAGUGUGCUGGUGAGUAGACCGGCUGUUAAGUUUGUAAGAAAUUUGCCACCAUCCAAACCUUCAACCAGUGCUCCUCCGGUGGCAGUCAGUAAACCAGCGCAUGGGAAGAGUUUUGUGAUUGAUAAACCAGUUCCAAUGACAUCUAAGCCUUCAGCAGAGACGUGGAAAGUCACACCUGCGAAACCCGAGGGAAGUUCUGCAGGUGUAAAAACAGGUGGCGGGUCAUCUUUUCCCGGACAGAAAACCUUCACUAUUGACAAGUCCUCUUUGGGCAGCUCAUCCAGCUCUAACACCGCCAAGCCAGCGGAGAAAAAGGAGGAGACAAAACCAUCAAGUGUCCCUGCCUGGAGGAGUAACCUUCAGAAGAAAAAGGAGCCAGCAGAGAUCAAAGUCCCGGAGAUGAAAAAAAUAGAGAUUAUUGAAAAAUCUGGUCCCAUGUCUCCUCAAAAGCCAAGCCAGACUAAACCAGUGGAGAAAUCUACUGACGAGGCACCUGUGAUUAUGCGUGAGAAAGCCAAGACUGACAAGUGCAGUGAUGUUGCUUCGGCACGAUCCUCCAAAGUUCUUGACAUGGUGAAAAAUUACCAAAAGCUACAAGUGAGCUGAAAGUGGUCGUGUGAAUUUCAUGGAAUUGUCCACGCUUGGCAGACUGGAACAUUACUGUCCAUGCACUUUCCAGUGGACAUUUCCCCAGAGCUGUGGCUGGAGUGUAACAGUAGAGCUGGCUUCUAAAUGCUGUGGUGAAGCUCGCUAGUAUUGCAAUUGCACAAAUGCCUGGCAUUCGUGAUUUGGAGAUUUUGUACAUACAUCCAAAGACUGCAACGACAAAGGGCCAGCAUUCUCAAGCUACUGGCCUCUGUGUUUAUACCCAGAAGAUGAUGCCAUUCUGUUAAGUCGUAUUGGAUGUUUAUCUUUCUCCUAAGCUUGAGCUUCAUUGUUUCAUGUGCUAUUCCAAAAUAUAUUCGACCAAGAGCUUGUGUUCGGGGAAAAGCCUUUUCACAGUCACCAUGUACAGGAUUUAGUAGAAUGAAAAAUGUGGUUUUCCUAGAAAAAAACGGAGCUAUACUUAUAAAGGAUUUGCAUAUCUCUGAUGACUAGUACUACCAGUGAAUGUUGGCUUUGAUAAAUUCUUUCAUCUGUUCCUGGCCUGUGUAAUAUAAAAGAUGUUUAUUUGCGCUGCAACAAAGGCUGACCAAAGGUGUCUCCUUGCUGACCACCAUCUGACAGUUUUAAAUCUGUGUUUACCUAUGCAGCCCAUCUUAUUGUACAUACAGUUCAUCCUCCCAGCAGUACAAUGAAAAUGGUGGGAGAUCUGGACUGAUUGCUCACUCUUUGAUAAGUCUACAACUAGCCUUUGUAAUGGAUGUGCCUGAUGUUGCCGUCUUAUCUCUCCUGUAUUAUUAUUAUUAUUAUUAUUCUUAUUACGUACUACAUUGCAACUGAGCAACUUCUAUUUUCUGGUAUAUUUACAAUGUGCAGUAAAGUUGUGCAAACAGUGAUGUGUGAACUACAUGUACAGUGCAUUAUAUCAUAGACUUAUUGGUUAGAAUUCCGGGAUUGUAAAGAAAAAAAAAAAGACAUUGAUGUGAACAGGGUUGCUUAAAACCUUGGGUACUGGACUCUAUUUCAUUUUCUUUAUUUUUUUGUAAGGAGGACUCUUGUUAAGCUUAACUGAAAUUAAUCUUGCCAUAUCAAAAGCUACCACUGAGAGUAUGAUAUUUUAAUAUAAAGUUGCAGCAUGUAGAAGUAGGAUUUUUACUACCUGACUGCGUAGUCUAAUGCUGGAGUUAAUGUCGCCAUCGCUUACCAACAAAAUACCUGAAUGAUUUGAUACUUGAGAACUGGAAUAGAUGCGAUCACACAUUAGAUUCCUCUGUGACCUUUGCUACAAGUAGGUCACACAUUAGAUUCCUCUGUGACCUUUGCUACAAGUAGGUCACACAUUAGAUUCCUCUGUGACCUUUGCU